GGUUGGGAUCCUGUCGCGAAUCCUGCCGGAAAAGCGCACGCGAUCCAGGAAAAUUUCCCAAAAACCACUGAAAUCCUUUCGAAUCCAACCCGAUGGCCAGCCCUUACCGAUACGAACACUCGGUGUAAUAGUUCGAGAAAAUAAGGCGAUUUUUGUGCAUUUUUGCGAGUUAUUGCUGCAGUUUGUCACGAUGAAACGAUGACGAGAAAAUCGAAACUUAUUCGAAUGCAUAUCAGUUUGGGUGGUUAGCAAAAGUUCUUUGAACGGAAAGGACACAAUGCUCUUGUCCUGCCGCCGCUUGCACCUGCCCAGCCUUAUAGUGAUCUGGUUAGUCUGCAGUGGCGUCGCAGGAGGGACCAGCCAGCUUUGCCCUGCCUCAUGCACGUGCAAACCCUCGGAUAAGGGCAAGCGCAGAAUCACCUGCCUAGCUGGAGGACUCAGCGAUCCCAUUCCGACUGGWCAAAUGGAUCCGCGUACUGAAAUUUUGGAAAUUUCCGCUCCAGAAGACCGAAAGAACUGGCUGAGUGUGACGUCGAUUUUYCAGCAUUUCAAGCAGUUGGAAGAGCUGCACAUCAGCAACUCGAAUGUGAAUCAGAUCAGCAUGCACGCGUUCUGGGGCCUGCCCAGCCUCCAGGUGCUCAGUCUGAGCCUGAACAACAUCAGUGCAGUGUUCGAUCACAAUUUCCGCGGUUUGGCCAAUCUAGUGGAGCUCAAUCUGGACGACAAUCGGUUGGUGGCAAUUCAAAGUGGCUCGUUCAAACAUCUGACUGAGCUGCACGUGCUGAGCAUGCAGAGGAACAAAUUACGCGAACUCAUGCCCAAAGCUUUUCUGAAGCUGGCCAAGUUGCACACGCUGAAAAUCAGCGGGAAUCAGUUCGAGGAACUGGAUCCGGAGGCUUUCAAAGACAUUCCGGAGCUGCGUACUUUGGAAUGCCGGCACUGCGGCCUGCCACGCAUCAACACCCAAAUCUACCACUUGUUGCCUUACUUGACGCACCUCGAUCUGGGAUACAACGCCAUCCAGUUCCUCUACCACGACGAGUUUCAGGAUCUUCGCCGGUUGCACAGCCUGAAGCUGGAUGGGAAUUUGUUUCCGGUCAUCCUGGAGAACACGUUCGUGCAUCAGCAGCAGCUGAAAUAUUUGAGUCUGGCCUGGAACUGGAUCGCCAAGAUACCGGAAACCGCUCUAAAGAACCUGACCAGCCUGAUCGAGCUGGAUCUCAGCUACAAUAAGCUCUACAAGCUGGACAGCGUGGCCUUUUCCCAUGUGGCCGCCACUCUUCAGAAGCUGGACAUCAGCGGGAAUAAAUUCAAGCUGGACGUUAUCAAGCCUGUCCUGGACACAGUCGCUGGCGUUUGGGACUUGGGCUUGGCGCAAAUGCAGAUCGGAAGUUUGCCAGCAAGUUUUUUCCCUGAGAGAAUCCGCAGGUUGAACCUAUCCAGGAACAACAUUACCCGCAUAUUGCCGGACAUGUUCCCCAGACAACUGGAGCUUCUGGAUUUAAGCAGCAACAAGCUCAAGGGCCUCAAUGCUAGCGCUGUGCUCUUUUUGCAAACUCUCGAAGUGGUGAACAUUCACCACAACCCAUGGACGUGUGAACUGUGUCACAUCAGCGACAUUUACUUCCACGCGAACAAAACGAACUUGUUCACAAACGCAACCUGUGCCUUUCCCAGUGCUCUAAAAGGGAAACCGUUAGUUAAGCUCAACCUAGAAGAAAUUCCUCCGUGCGGAGGCAUCGAGUAUACGGAGGAGGACUUUGAGGCCACCAGCAAGCGCGGUCUGUUCAUCGGGUUCUUGUGCAUCGUCACAUUCGCAGUGUCUUCGGUGAUUUUUGUGGUGUGUUCGUGUGUGAAGCGACACAACCAGAAUGCGGCCCGAAGGGACAAACGGACUGCGGAAUGUCCGGAGAACAGUAUCGAUCAUUCGGCCGUGUUCAGCAAGAGUCCGAUCAGUUUCCAGUUUCCAUUGGAUUUAAUGGAAAGGAAACUGUCCGUUGCCACUAUCGGGGACAUAAAACGUGACGAACGCCAAGGAAUGUCGAAUGGAUCGGUUGUGACUGGUCUUUGAGUUCUCUGUACUAUAUCUAUAUAUUUUAUCAGUGUUUGUUGGAAGGGCAAGAAAAGAGCAUGUGAAGUGUUUGAAAAAUGAGAAGUUUUUCAUUUUUGAAUCAACGAUGCUUGAAUGGAAUAAAUCAGUAAUACGGAAAGUGUGAGCACGUAGGAAGAUUUUCAUUUGAACCAACACACAUGGGCGACUCUGCAUCUCUAAACUGUUGUUUGCAAAGCGAACACGGCAGGGUUUGAUAGAGUAUCGAAAUAUGAGUUUGCACUGUAAUCAAAACUUGGGGAAAAUAGUGGGUGUUAAAGUGGAAAAAGGCUUCGAAAAAUCAAAUUUAUUAAUUAAUUAAGGGAAAUUUGGGGGCAAUAACUGCGAAU